AUGUGCGCGCGCGUAACAGAAUUGCACGGAAACGAGCGAAGAACGGGAGGGAAACAAACGGCAGGGUUGAGUAGGCGGAAAGCGGAGUCGGGGAACGAGAUAAACCUCAAUUAUGCCGAUUGAGCAUCCUCCAAGGGAUGCCAGGUAGGGGAAGUUCGCUCCUCCUACUUUUCCUGCCACGUGAUCAAGGGCAACCUCCCUUUCUUCUUUCCUUCCUUCCUUCCUUCCGUCCUGUCUUCCGCUCUUUCUCCUUCUUCUUCCUUCCUCUUGGCAAAGGAGGAACAGAAGCGUGACGUUCGGUCGUUGGAGCGCGCGUAAUUCCCAACGAACAGUUCGCAGAUGAAUCGUCGCAGCGGACACGGUUGUGAAUCAUCAUCGCGAAGGAACGACUUUAACGAUCGAUUUCGCGAGCCAACAACGUUUCAGGGACGUGGCGGCGGUGCGAGAAAGAGAGGAAGUGGCAAGGUGUAAAACAAUCGGAUCGUCGACGCGAAAUACCUGUUGGUCCGCGAAGAGGCGUUUUCAGGCAAUCGUUCGAGAAAGAGGGAAAGAGGGCAAGAGAGAGGGCAGUGGGAGGAAGAGGAACGAAGAGAGAAGAGAGACGUAAAGAGAAUCGGAGGGAAAAAGAUGGUCGAAAGUGGGAGGAAAGAGAGGGAGAUGCAGAAGCAGCCUACGGGCUCUCCUCCGUUUGACCAUCUCAUUCUAUUUCUUUCUCGGGUUCUCCGUCCAUCUCUGGUUCGUUCUGCGCUCCGUCUCGGUUCGUCUCUGUCGAUGUCGGUCCCUCGGUCUCGCGCGUCUUUCCAUCUCCGUUGGUAGUUUCACUUGCGAUCGUGCGUCCUCGUCUCUCGGUUUGAAUCUCAGGGUGGUGGCCGACGGUAGUGGUGGUCGUGUCUAGAUGGUGGUGGUUAUGGUGGGGGGGUAGUUGGUUUCUUCGUGCCUACCGCUCCCUAUCUCUCCUUUCUCUCCCUAUGGGAGGGCGAGGAGGGCCCCCGUAGCCGCGCACUGCGCACCGAGUUCAUCAUAGACAGACCGAUCUCCCUGACAGCUCCUCGUCGGGCUUGAACGGAGGUGGAAUCAUCAGAUUCUGUCCAUCUCUUCUUUGGCUCGCAGUAGCGUGUCGGGAUAACGAACGCAGGAACACAGGGACAACGAAAGUGCGUGGUCCUGCGUGGUCUCUUUCUCGCGGAUCUUCGGCCAUCGCGCUCGCUAUCGCGGUCCGGUCUCGGUUUAUCGAGCAGCCCUUCUCCCUCUCUUCGAUCUCCAAGGUUUCACCCUUCGUUACUCCUUUCCAUCGACGCUCUUCUUCCCUUCCUCUCCUUCUUCGCCGUGUUCGCGCGGACCCCACGUUUCUUUUUUUCCAUCUCCUUUUUAUCGCAUACCGCGUCCUUCCGCUCUUUCCACCCCUUCUCGUUUCUCUUUUUCUCGGCUCCUCUCGACCUCGCCACUCUUUUUCGCGUUAAUCCGCGCGCCGGUGACCGUUUCUCCGAUUCCAAGCGACACCGUCGUCCAAGCAACGUUCCUUCGCCUCGGAACAUACCAACGCGACGGCCGAUCGUUGGACGACACGCGCGCGCUCGGUAUCCUGCCCGGUAUCGUGCUCGGUGCCGUGGUCGUCGUCGUCGUCGUCGUCGUCGUCGUCGUUGUCAUCGUUGUCAUCAUCGUCGUCGUUGCCGUCGCCGCCGCCGCAUAACGCGACCACGGGAAGUUUGCUAUUCGACUGUUUACACGGACGAAACGAUAGCCACGGUGGUACGCGCGCGAGUAAGAGAAAGAAAGAACGAACCAGACCAACGGUGGAAGAGGAAGGCAAGCCAAAGGAGGGGGAUGUGUGCGUGGGAGGAGAAAGAGAUCCCGGAGGGCGACUUUUCUUUUAUUUGAGCUUGACACUUCGCCGUGAACGCGCGCACACACCGGAAGUACCGAACCGCCGUCGGUCUUCUUCUUUUUCUUUGGCACGUUUGCGCGUCCGGUCCACGCCUCGAUAACGCCGAGCCCGAAUCGAGAGAUCAGACACAACGUCUCGAAGAAACGCGGAUCCGCAUAACAGAACUAGUACUCGACAUUGUGGAGGGUGCGAGCACCACUGACAGGAUGCCACGAUACGUGAGAGCGAGCGCGGCGGACAAGGGUGUCGCGACGGGCGUGUUCGUCGUCGGCCGAGGAUAAACGGUUCUUCGUCGUUCCUCCUUCGGAUCCGGAAGUGUCCUCACGUUUCGUGGGAUGUGAAAUAUCCACGGGACUAGAUCGAUCGCGGAAAAGGGAGUUACGCUAACAUGUUUAAUCUCGACGACGUAUCGGUGUUACGUUCGCGACGAUCGCAGCAGCAGUGUCAGUGAAGUACGAGAACGAGAACUCGCCGAAGUAACUCGAAAGACGAAACAGACAAGGUAUUUUCGUGUUUCGAUCGAUACCAACAGUAUUUUUUCUCCAAAGACAAGAAAGAAGAAGCAACGACGUUCGUAGACCAAAGGUGAUCGACUAUCGUACCUCGAGAAUCGGCGAAAACUACUUCCGGUAGCGGAGAAACCAAGGAACGGGAAAGAGAGGAGAAGGAAAAGAAAGGACGAAGAGAACGGGGUGAAAAUCUACGGUGGUCGGUCGACGAACCGUUCGAUCGUCAUCGAGGAUAUUGUCCCGGGGUAGUUUUCGGAGCGACCCCUCGAAGCGGCGAAGCUGGAAGCUCUCGAAUCGUACGGAACGUCAAAGCAGAAGCGCCGGUGCCCGGGGCGAGGAGGAGUCCUCGACGCGUGCCAGGCUGCUGAUCACAGGCACCGCGCCAGAGACGGGAGACGAAGAGUAGGAGAGGGAUUCGAAAAAAAAAAACCGUACAGAAACAGAGGAAAAGAAAGAAAGAGAGACGGCAUCGUCGUCUCUCGAGCGAGGGGUUCUUCCGUUCGGGUGCUAGGGGUGUGCAGCCUUGGACGAGGGGUCGCACUCGACUCUUUUAAAGUGGGCAAACCGCGCAAAGAAUAAGAGACGUCCUCGGGGCGAUGACAGGAUGCCUCCUUCUCGAUCAGGACGCGUCUACGAAGGACCACCGUCUAGGAUCGCCGUUAGAAUCGGACCCACCAUUGCCCUGUUGCUGAUUCUCUUCGAGAAUCGUCGCGCAACCUGCUUAAUGAGCAACUCCGUAGACGAUUGGGUGAGCGGCGAUGCCGUCGUCUGCAACGGUAUACCAGGAGUGACGAAGGAGCAACGCGAGCUAUGCAACAGAAAUCCGGACGUGACGGUGGCUGCGAUCAAAGGGCUGCAAAUGGCGAUAGACGAGUGUCAGCAUCAGUUCAUGUGGCACAGGUGGAACUGUUCGACCCUGACGCCUAGAAUCCGAACACAGCAGAGCAGCGUACUCUUUCAGAGAGGUUACAGGGAAACCGCGUUCGCGUUUGCAAUUUCCGCAGCUGGGGUGGCGCACAGCGUGGCCCGCGCGUGCAGCAUGGGACGGUUGCUCUCCUGCGGAUGCGACCCGUCGAGCUACAAGGGUAAGCCGCCUGCCAAGGCCAGGGGCACCCAAUGGAAGUGGGGCGGCUGCUCUCACAACCUCGACUACGGCAUGGAGUUCUCGAGACAGUUCCUAGAUACGCGCGAGAGGGCCGGGGAUAUACAGUCGAUGGUCAAUCUCCACAACAAUCAAGCUGGCCGCUUGGCGGUGGCGAGCAAUAUGCAAGUGCGCUGUAAAUGCCACGGUAUGUCUGGUUCCUGCGAGCUCAAGACCUGCUGGAAAGUGGCGCCGGACUUCCGAAUAGUCGGCAAAACGCUCAAGGAUCGCUUUCGAAACGCCGUAUUAGUCGCGCAGAGCAACGACUUAGGAAGCGUGACCUCUUUGACCAGAGUGAGAGGAUCGCGAAGGAGGAGGCCGGAUCGCCAGAGGCAGAGGAAACAUCGCGGAGGAUCGGGCGGCGGCGGCGGAAAUGGAGCAGGACGUAAAAGAAGACCGCGAGAUCUAGCCAAGCAGCUAUUUUACUACCAAAAGUCUCCAAACUUUUGCGAGAGAGAUCCAAGCGCGGACAUCCCAGGCACCGCAGGUCGGACCUGCAACAAGACCAGUUCCGGUGGAGACGGAUGCAGCAGCCUGUGUUGCGGCAGAGGUUACAACGUCGUGAGACAACGACGCGUCGAAAAAUGCAGAUGCAAGUUUCACUGGUGUUGCUUCGUGCAAUGUCAGAACUGUACCGUCGAGGAAUGGAUCACGGUUUGCAAGUGAACGAACGUUGGCAUUUACCUUGCUCUAUCGAUGAUCGAAACUUGGACCGGAUCAAACUACCAACGGAUUUAAUUCCGGAUUCAAUGUUAUCGCAACUUUGAUUGUCGUCUCGUCGUUAAAAAUCUCUCUGUUUCUUUGUAGCAGACACCGAAGAGAACGGAUUUACGAGUUGAUUCGCUUUUGAGACGCGAUUUCAAGUCAAACGUAAAAACGCGACUCGCGAUCCAGAACGGCCGCGAUACGAAGAUCAGCCGUAACAGACCAAUUCGACACCGAUUCGGUGACUGUACUUUAUUCACGCUUAGUAUACUAUCGAGACGAGUCGCUUUAACGCCAAGAAUUACGUCGGAGUGUUCGUGGUAAAGACAACGGAAUAAUUGUUCUUAAUCGCGCGAAAAAUGUAAUUUAAUCGGUAGAUUAAGCGGGCCAAUAAUUUAUUUAUAACGUUGCCUCUAUUUAAUUAGUAGAUAAUUUGAAUAUCCACAGCAACUGUAACACCUCCGUCACAGUAUUAUUAGAAGAAGCAAUGUGCGUGUGUAAGAUUUGGAAUGGAUGCGAUUGUAUACAAUUUAAUAAUGCGCGUACAAUAAAGAGUUCCUUUGACCGAUAAUCGGCCUAUUUGUUCCUUUCUUGCGAACGCAACUCGACAGCGAGAAAAUCCCACCGAUUACCCACCAGUCCUUACACAGAAAUCGUUCGAAAACGUAACGUAACCCUUUCGGACUGAUUUACAGAUGACCGAAGCCUUUUCGAUACUUUUAUUCUUUGCUCCGAUAGAUUCGUUCGACCUUCUUUUCCAUCGAUCGAACGAACGAUAAAUUGUCCCGUGUUAAAACCUUGGAAAAAUCUGUGCCAAUCCCACUUACAUGCCAAGCGAAAAGACCGUUUCAACGACGUUGCGAAACAUCACAGACGUACGCUCUCUCGAUAUCGUCUAUCUCUCGACUUUCG